AUGUCACUGCAGAAGUGUGAGAUGACAAGAAAACGCCAGAUGGUUAUCGAUGCUAUGUUUGUAAAAGCCCAGCAGUGUGACCUCUGCUUUGUUGUCGACUGCACCGGCAGCAUGGCUGCCUACAUCCGAGAAGUCAAGAACAAGGUCAAAGAAAUGGUCGAUGACAUAACUUCCAGAUUCAGGUACCUCAAGGUCCGGAUCGCCUUCGUGGGCUACCGCGACUUCUGUGAUGGCGACGACCGCCUCGACGUCUUCAACUUCAACAGGGAUGUGAAGAAGUUCACCGACUUCGUGGAGGGCCGCAAGCCCUUUGGUGGGGGUGACUUCCCAGAGGACGUUUUUGGGGGCUUGAAUGCUGCCAUCAACCUGAAUUGGGAAUCGGAGACCCGUAUCCUAAUCCACAUAGCUGACGCCCCGUGCCAUGGAGACAAAUUCCUUCCCAAGGGGGCCAGUGGCGAUGACGAGCGGCACAAGCUUGAUGCCAGGGGCAGAGACAGGAGUGGCCUGUCUGCGCCGCGGCUCUUGUCGGACCUCAGGGACAGGGCCCUUACCUACCAUUUUUUCCAUGUCAUCGCCAACAACACCAUCAAAAUGGUUUCAGAGUUCAAAAAGAUUGCCUCACCAAUGGGGUUCAAGAUAUCGGAGGUGGACCUCAAGGGGACGCCCAACCUGCUGCAGGAUGCGGUGGUGAACUCAGUGACAGCCAGCAUUGCUGGCACCCUGCACCUGAUGUCAAAGAAGGCCAGGGCGAGGCGGGCCAGGAAAGGCAGGAAGGUUGCCUCACUAUCAGGCAGCAAGGUGGUGAUGCACGGCAAGCAGCCCAACUGGGAUGAGAUCAGUGAGGAGCAGGCCCUGGAGGUUUGGUGCGAGCCGCCCACAGAGCUGGAGGACUUGUGCGAGGGGCUGGACUUGGUGAAGAGGCAGCAUGCAGUGACACUGAAAGUGGCUUCAAAGCCUUUUGCUGAAGGGCACCAGCGGCGUGCAUAUUAUGCACAGGAUGUAUCAGACUCCAAGAUGUUUGAGCUUGUAAUGAAGAGGUUCAAGAAUGACGCCAAGUCCCCAUCGGACUACUCAAAGUAUGAGGACCAGAUGGAGAUUCAGUGCGUGGCCGGGCACCUGGCCACCUUGUUCAACGCCAAACUCAGCAGCCUGGGGUUCACACAGAAGGUUGAGUUCCUCAGGGUGCGGGCGAUCAAGAUGAUCAGCCGCCAAGAGCCCUUCCAUGCCAACCUGGAGCCCCUGCUGAAGGGAGAAUUUGAGAAGUUCAACAGCAACUGUGGCUACGUGGGGGGCUUGCAUGAUGUGCUGCAAGCCUUUAGCCAUUGGACCUACCGUGCAACCAACGGGUUUCUCAUGGUGGUGGACCUUCAGGGACUGAAGGCCAGUGAAGGCUACAUGCUCACGGACCCUGCCAUCCACUGCAAGGAGCUCUGCACGAUGGAUGGGCGCUACCUCUUUGGCACCACCAACCUGGGACAAAAGGGUAUGGAGGCGUUCUUUGCGACGCAUCGCUGCAGUGAUGUGUGCAAAGGCCUUAAUUUGUCAAUCACAAAAGGGCAUGGAGAAGUUCUUCGUGACGCAUCGCUGCAGUGA